CGCGCGGAGGAACUUCUGGCGCUGACUUCCUGGUUUCCCGUGGUGCGUCUUUGCGGCGCGGCUUCCGCAGACUCUUACAUGCGGCUCUACCUACGCGGUUGCUGGCAGCCAUGGCUCCGCGGAUCUGGCGUCUGCGCACCCUGGAGCGGUGUCUGAGGGAGGUCGGUCAAGCCGCUGGCCGGCCUGAGUGCUUCCUUACGAUUCAAGAUGGAUUGGCAUCAAAAUUUACUUCUUUAACAAAAGUACUUUAUGACUUUAAUAAAACACUAGAGAAUGGUAGGAUCCAUGGAAGUCCUUUACAGAAACUUAUGAUAGACAAUUUUGAUGAUGAACAAAUAUGGCAACAACUGGAAUUGCAGAAUGAACCAAUUUUACAAUACUUCCAGAAUGCAGUUAGUGAAACAAUUAAAGAUGAAGACAUCAGUCUUCUCCCAGAGAGUGAAGCACAGGAGUGUGAAGAGGAUGAUGGCCGGGAGGACCUAGAACAAGUUUUGGAGCAGGAGGAAUUCUCAGACACAGGUGCUGAUGAUCCUAAAAAGGAUGAGAGAGCUAAAAACUCAAGUAAAUUUGAUCUGAAGAAAAGCCCAGUUUUCAGUGAUGAGGAUUCUGAUCUAGACUUUGAUAUCAACAAAUUGGAACAGCAGAGCAGUGUGCAAAGCAAGGUGCCUGGGAAACCAAGAGAAAAGUCUAUAGUAGAUGAUAAAUUCUUCAAACUAUCUGAAAUGGAGUCCUUUCUGGAAAACAUAGAAAAAGAAGAGCAACAAAAAAAUGAGGAGGAUGAAGAAGAUAUUGAUUUUUUUGAAGAUGUUGAUUCUGAUGAAGAUGAGGAAGGACUAUCUGGAAGUCAAAAACUUAAGUCAAGUAAAAGUUCCAGAAACCUGAAAUACAAAGAUUUCUUUGAUCCAGUUGAAAGCGAUGAAGACAUAGUGAGUGUUCAUGAUGAUGAACUGGGUUUAAACAAAGAUGAGGAAGAACUUGCUGAAGAAGAAACAGAACUCAGCAUUUCUGAAACGGAUGAGGAUGAAGAAAAUGAAGCUGGUAAGCAACAUAAAGAAAGUUUGAAAAGAGUGACCUUUGCUUUGCCGGAUGAUGAGGAAGCUGAGGAUACACAUGUUUUAAAUGUAAAGAAAAAUUCUGAUGAAGUUAAAUCUUCCUUUGAAAAAAGACAGGAAAAGAUGAAUGAAAAAAUUGCAUCUUUAGAAAAAGAGUUGUUGGAAAAAAAGCCUUGGCAGCUUCAAGGGGAGGUGACAGCACAGAAGCGCCCAGAAAACAGCCUCUUGGAGGAGACCCUCCACUUCGACCACGCCAUCCGCAUGGCACCUGUGAUUACGGAGGAAACCACCCUUCAGCUAGAAGAUAUCAUUAAACAGAGGAUAAGAGAUCAGGCUUGGGAUGAUGUCGUACGUAAAGAAAAACCUAAAGAGGACGCGUAUGAGUAUAAGAAGCGCCUAACGUUAGACCAUGAGAAGAGCAAACUGAGCCUUGCUGAAAUUUACGAACAGGAGUACAUCAAACUCAACCAGCAAAAAACAGAAGAAGAAGAAAAUCCAGAGCAUGUAGAAAUUCAGAAGAUGAUGGAUUCCCUCUUCUUAAAAUUGGACGCCCUCUCAAACUUCCACUUCAUCCCUAAACCGCCCGUACCAGAGAUGAAGGUUGUGUCAAAUCUCCCAGCCAUCACCAUGGAGGAGGUGGCCCCAGUGAGUGUUAGCGAUGCUGCUCUGUUGGCCCCGGAGGAGAUCAAGGAGAAAAAUAAAGCUGGAGAUAUAAAAACAGCUGCUGAGAAAACAGCUACAGACAAGAAACGAGAACGGAGGAAAAAGAAAUACCAAAAACGUAUGAAAAUAAAGGAAAAGGAGAAGCGGAGAAAACUGCUUGAAAAGAGCAACCCAGAACAAGCAGGGAAAUACACCAAAGCUGUAGCUCUAGAGAAGUUGAAACAGUUGACCAAAACUGGCAAAGCUUCUUUAAUGAAGGAUGAAGGUAAAGACAAGGCCUUAAAGUCAUCUCAAGCAUUCUUUUCUAAAUUACAAGAUCAAGUAAAAAUGCAAAUCAGUGAUGCAAAGAAAACAGGAAAGAAAAAGAAGAAAAGACAAGAUAUUUCUGUUCACAAAUUAAAGCUGUAAUAUAUUUUGAAAAUAGUGUACAUAUUAAUGUAUAAUCUUAUAUUUUGUCAUUGUUCUGUUUUAUAAUAAAAUUCUUGAGAGCCUU